AGAAGACAUAACAAUGGCAGAAAUUUGCGGUCCUCCAGUCGCGAUUUAGUUAGCCAACAUCUCCCACAACGCUGCCUCUGUUUCCUCUUUUGUGCUAGAGGAAAGACCCGACGAUGCCUCUGUCCAGCAGCUCCACCUCAUCCACCAAGAGCAUCCGCCGCGCGGCGUCUGAGCUGGAAAGAUCUGAUUCCACUACGUCUCAAAGGUUCCUGGGGAGGCGGCAGAGUUUGAUCGACGACGCGCGCAAAGAGAGAGAAGCGGCUGCAGCAGCGGCAGAAGCUGCGGAAGCAAGCGAGCAGAUAGUGUUUGACGAAGACGAUGGAAAAGCGCUGCUCAACAUCUUCUUCACCCUGAGGAACUCCAAGAGCCCCGCUCUGUCACGAGCACUCAAAGUUUUCGAGACAUUUGAAGCCAAGAUCCAUCAUCUGGAGACACGACCCAGCAGGAAGACCAAGGACAACCUGGAGAGCCUGGAGUACUUUGUCCGCUGCGAGGUUCACCUCUCUGACGUCCGCACCCUCAUCGGCUCCAUCAAGAGAAACGCAGAAGAAGUUAAAACCACCAAAGAAGUGCAAUUUCACUGGUUUCCAAAGAAGAUUGCGGAUUUGGACAGAUGUCACCAUCUCAACACAAAAUUUGAUCCAGACUUGGAUCAAGAGCAUCCAGGAUUCACAGACCCCGUCUACAGACAGAGGAGGAAGAUGAUUGGCGACAUCGCCUUCAGAUACAGACACGGUGAAUCUAUUCCCAGAGUGGAGUACACAGAGGAGGAGAUCGGCACAUGGCGAGAGGUCUACUCCACCUUGCGGGACUUGUACUGCACUCAUGCCUGCACCGAGUACUACGAGGCCUUCUGUCUACUGGAGAGACACUGCGGCUACAGCCCCAACAACAUUCCCCAACUGGAGGAUGUUUCCCGUUUCCUCAAAGAACGAACCGGCUUCCUGCUACGUCCAGUUGCUGGUCUGCUGUCUGCACGGGAUUUCCUGGCCAGUCUCGCCUUCCGAGUAUUCCAGUGCACCCAGUACAUCAGACACGCCUCCUCUCCUAUGCAUUCUCCGGAGCCUGACUGUGUUCACGAACUUCUUGGACACGUUCCCAUGUUGGCUGACCGAACCUUUGCUCAGUUUUCACAGAACCUUGGCCUGGCAUCACUGGGAGCUUCAGAUGAAGACAUUGAGAAGCUGUCAACACUCUACUGGUUCACCGUGGAGUACGGCUUAUGCAAACAGAACGGUGAGGUUCGCGCCUAUGGUGCCGGACUUCUCUCCUCCUUCGGAGAGCUUGUGCACUCGCUGUCUGAUGAGCCGGAGACAAGAGAGUUUGACCCCGAGGCAGCUGCGGUGCAACCCUAUCAGGACCAGACUUAUCAGCCUGUUUACUUUGUUUCUGAGAGCUUUUCAGAUGCCAAAGAGAAAUUCAGGACGUACGUUGCUGAAAUUAAGCGCCCGUUUUCGGUGAGGUACGACCCGCUGACCAGCAGCAUCGAGGUUCUGGACAACCCGCUGAAGAUCCAAGGAUGUCUGGAGAGCGUGAAGGACGAGCUGAAGAUGCUGACCGACGCGCUCGGUGUUAUAUCAUGAGACAAAGCUUCCCGUCCUUGGCUUCUCCUCCUCAGUGCUCGUGUGACAAGAUGCGUGUGCUUUUUGUGCUGUACUUCCACGCUGUUUGUAAUGGGGUGUCAUCUGUCGUGACCCGGCGAACGCAACUUAGCAACCUCAACAUCCAUGAUGACGUUUCCAAAGACGGCGAGAGUCGAACCAUUUGUGAACUAAAGGAAGUUAUGAACAUGGUAUUCAACGUGGCCCAGUGCUGCGAUCGGAUUUCACCUGCUUAAUCUUCCCAUCAGAAAAACACACUUCUUCCUAAAUGAACCGAGUCAUACCAUACAGCCGUAUGAAGAGUAAUACUCCACUCAUAUCGCUAUAGUCAUGUACAAAUCGCUAAAUCUAAGAUGACUUUAUUUAUUGUCUGGUUUGGCUCAAACCGGCAAAAGCUUUAUUUUUGUGAAGUCAAUGUGUUUAUCUGUGUCUUCGUCGAAUUAAAUAUAUAAACAAAUGAUGUGAAGCGCAAAAGACUUCAUGACGACAAAUAAAGA